GCUGCAAAAUCAAAGCCCUACGUGCCAAGACCAACACGUACAUCAAGACACCGGUCAGGGGCGAGGAGCCUGUUUUCAUUGUGACUGGGAGGAAGGAGGAUGUGGAGAUGGCGAAAAGAGAGAUCCUCUCGGCCGCCGAGCACUUCUCCAUGAUCCGGGCAACGCGCAACAAAGUGAAUGGGCUGACAGGAGCCAUGCAGGGUCCCCCCAACCUGCCAGGGCAGACAACCAUCCAGGUGAGGGUCCACCGGCUGGUGGGGCUGGUGGUGGGGCCCAAGGGAGCCACCAUCAAGCGGAUCCAGCAGCAGACGCACACCUACAUUGUGACCCCCAGCCGGGACAAGGAGCCCGUCUUCGAGGUGACGGGCAUGCCCGAGAACGUGGACCGCGCUCGGGAGGAGAUCGAGGCGCACAUCACCAUGCGGACAGGCUCCUUCAUCGAUGUCAAUGCAGACAACGACUUCCAUUCCAACGGCACUGACGUGUGCCUCGAC